AUGGAAAACGAAAAUGUAGCCCCCGUCGACCCCGGCAGCCCACUCUUCCUGUCCGGCGACGGUUUUGAGCCAGCCGGUGUUCUCUUCCCUCACGCCGUGUUUCACUUCCCUUCGAGGGAAAAGAAAGAGGCCUAUGACUUUAUGGACAAGGCAAACACUCGAGGCUCGCAUUGCUCGGGUGGAAAGGAAGGUGAGGGCCUUGGAAAGUGA